AAUGUGAACUGUGUAUUGUGUGCACAUGUGUGUAUCAGCUGUUGUGCGCAGCCUAAGAUCAGAGCUAUUGAUGAGGACAUGUAUGUAAAGUAUUGAACUGCUUCUCUGAGGUCACUCACUGUCGUCUGGCCAGCUUUUUGGUGGCUGUCUGCUAGCUGUCUGUCUGCUGCCACAAAUAUAGAUAGCCAGCUCAGGCAAAGCAGAGCUGUUUAAUUGGAAUCCGUAUCCCAGAGCCUACCUGUGCUUGCUUCUUGGUCACUCCUCGGUCAACUCAUUGCCCAUCCGGAGGCUCAGCUCAGAUCAGCUCGAGCAGAUACCUACUACAGUGAAUUGAAUGUUCUUCAGCAUAAUACUAUAAAUGCCCCAGGAUUUCCGCUGGGAGGCAACGAGGUUCCCCAGUGAAGCAGAUAACUGAUCAUCUGAUCUGGUGCAAUUUUUUUUUGGUUGAAGGUGCUCACUUGUGAUCUACUUAAUUCUUUGAUCACACCACCAUCCAAUCUCCGAUAGUUUUACCGGAUUACGAUAAAACUGAGCUUAUUUAAAUGAAUCAUCUUCUGGCAACUCAUAAUUUUAUCAGAUUCAGAGCCUUGGAAUAUCAUCUGUUUUGUGAAUAAUACUUUGCAGACACUACAGCUGUGUAGCAUCCAUUUAAUUCUGCUGUUGCUUCAUCAGUGCGACUUGGGCAUCCUCUUUGCCUGACAUAAUGAUGUACGUUGUAUGUCUUAAAUGAACUCCAGUAAUUUUAGGGUAUUAGACAUUGCAAGUCAUCAAGGAAUUAUUUGAGGUCAUCAAGAACUAGUUGAAUAUACUGUCGCUUCGACUUUUGUUUUGAGACUAAGUUUCAUCUUCUUAUCGAUCACCCAGCCUUGUUGAUUAAACAUGAGGGUUAUUUUGGGCCUUCCAAAUGCAGCCAAGUUAUCUGAUAUAAAGGAUGGCUGUAACCCGACCCAGGGUCAGGGGACGGAGACAAGGGAGGUGCCUUUGAGCAGGAAGGAAGAGCAGAAAUGUGAUGGCUCUGUUUUGCCAUCCCUUCGCUGGAUAGAUUCUGCAGAGGGAUCUGACGAUGAUUGCAGUAUGCAGAGCUUGAUCGUUGCAGAGGAAGAAGGAAGCCAAAGUCAGCUUGGACAAAAAUCUGAAUCCAGUAAGGUUAGCCAGGAGAGGGGAUGUCAUGGUAGCAGUACUUCUAGUCUAGGAGAGAGAGACUGUCUUUUAAAUGGUGUCAAAGAUGCUCUGGACAGUGUUACUGGUGUCCAGGGACCUGGUAAUUUUUCAUUGGACUCCAUUAUGAACAGCGGCUGUCAAACUGAUAUGAACAGCAGGAAUCUUCAGUUACCUGAACAGCAUUUCAUGGACACCAAAGACAAAUUACAAGACUGCAUCAAGAAGUGCUCCGAGUCUCAUCUGAAAGCAUUACCAUCAUCAUAUCCACAGUGUCCAAGCGCAAGGAUGUCCAGCCCUAUCUUGCCUUCCUUAUCCCCCAUCCAUCCCAAUGGAUCCCUUUUGAGGAUCAUGCCUGGUUCUCCACCAACAGCGACCACCUUCCGACCUAUCAGAAGCAACCAUUCCAUCUGCAGUACGGCCGAACACAGCACCCUCUUCCACCAGGAAGAGCAAACUCUUAGCAAGUGCAUCGGAGGGACAUCCCUUUCUAUCUGUGAACCUGAGGAGUGCCUUGUGAUUAUGACUGAUAAUGAUUUAGAAGAUUUUCAUGAAUCAAGGUCUCCAAGGACACAAUCUUGUCUUCAGCAAUGUGAACCAUCCGGACCGAAGGGAAUGUCAGUUAUCAGUAUGACCAGUUUUGGCUCGCGGAGCAGUGGUGAAGGUCCCAUCUGCCGGAUCUGCCACGAGGGUCCUCUCUCGGACGAUGGCUUACUUGCCCCCUGCCAUUGCUCAGGAACGCUCACCUACCAACAUCGCAAGUGCCUGGAACGGUGGCUACAGACGAGAGGAAAAGAUGCGUGUGAACUCUGCGACUAUCACUUCAAGACGGAACGUAAAGGCCGGCCUUUCUCAGAGUGGAUCCAGCAGCCUGAGCGUAUCCGUGACAGACGCAACAUCCUGGUAGACUGUAGCUGCUUUACCCUCCUCACCCCGUUGGUCUGCAUCUCCACCUGGCUCUGUGUCAACGGAGCCUACCAUUACCUCAACUACUAUGAAGGGCGUGGCUGGGAAGGCAUGGGGCUUGUUACCUUGGCAACCGUCCUCAUCUUUAUCUAUCUGUUCUGGAGCCUGAUGUCACUACGCUACCACUGCAUCGUCUGGAGGACGUGGCGAAAGGAGCAUCAACGCGUCCACGUCGUCAUGGAAACUGGGGAUUCACAGAACAACAAUAACGAUAUCAGCAUCAGCUCAGCAUCAUCAUCAUCCUCCAAGAAGUCCAAGGUCGUCGGUAGCUCCGCAGCCAGCCGUUCUUCCUCCAUGAAGACCCCAAGUAGUUGUACCUCUUCGCCCAGGAGUCUAGACAGCUUCACCCCUUCCUGGACUAGUCCUUGCAGUUAUAGUAACCCCCUCCAUGCUCCUCUUGCGAGUAUGACAAGCCUCUGAUGUUCAUUUUCGAAACCCUGGUCAUCUUGUGCUCAUUUCCUUAUUUAUUUAUUUGUAUUUGACUAAAAGGGGGUGCAUCUAUGUGGAUACUGCAGACAAGACUUCCUUGAAAAGCAGGUUGGUUUGGUACCCUUUUGCACAUAUUAAUUCAAACUCUGGUAUAAAGUUGUGGUCUUGAAGGACAAGUCCACCCAAACAAAAACUUGAUUUGAAUAAAAAGAGAAAAAUUCAACAAGCAUAAC